GUGACCUCCGUCGUGAUUUCUGUGCCUUAGGCUGGCUGCGGCGACGCGCUACUGGUUACUAAAGCAGGACCCCGCGGACACCGGAGACACAGCAAACUGUGGUUAAAAAAAUAAUAAUUAUUAUAAUAACAAAUAUUGAAGGGGGAGUGGAGAGAUGUCCAAAAACCACGCUCAACGAAAAUAGCAGCAUCAGCGACAUUACAAAACUCUGCGUUGGUGGGUUCAUGUACUAAAGGCUGAGCCCACGUUCCUUGUAAAAUGAGUGGGGGGAGAAAAACGGACAAAUAACUAGGAGCAUGAAAGAUGAGGUAACCUUCUGCACAGGUCAGGAGGAGUGGGCAGCUGGACACACUUCCAUAGGAUAAAUGCCACGGAUACUGCUGAAGGUUCGAGAUUUGUUUUUCCGGAUUGUACAAGCUAACGAGGAACGUACUGUAAAAUAUGAUCUCGUCGAAGGACCGAAAAUGGAAGUGUGAAAAAGGAAUUGAGCUCCUGCGUUUUGUUUUGUAACAGGGACGGUAAUCAGGUAUCUCUGCCGCCUCUCUGUCUCUCUCGCUCGCUCUCUCUCUCUCUCCCACUCCCUCUCUUAGUCCCCGCUGACUUUUAUCUCACUUGGCAUGUAGCUUAGCUUUAGCUUAUGGAUAGUAUCCGGCUGCAAAGCUUCAACAAUGGUGCCUUGCUAAAGUCGCAGCAUCGGCAGAACACCCUUCUACUCCACCUCCAUCCUCACCGACACCACCCUACUAACAGGAGGACAGGGAGCGAGCGAGCGAUCCGAGGUGAAAAUGGGGAAGGCACUGGACUGUCUACCACAAGGUUGCUGGCUCAGUCUCUACCUUUAACCCACUAUUUGAUUAUAAAAUACUGGAACUACAGAAAGAGAGAGAGAAGGAGAUGUUACUUCAUCUAUACAACAUCAUUGAACAGAAAAUAAGAAAAACAUGGAAUAGCAUAAAAAUAGUUUGCUUCUAUAUGGAGAAGGAGCCAAGUUUGCUGAAAUGCUGGUGAUGCAUGGAGAUUCCAUUGGCUCUACCUGGACAGCAUUGUGCUUUAUCAGACACAUGUACUACCUAUGAUGCUCCCCAGCAGAAUCCUCCAAUCUCUGCCAUAUCAUAAGGAAGAAUGGUUUACUCUGCUUAUCUUCCAUCGGUCCAGACAAGGGUUUCGAAUGAGACUCUAAACUCAAACAAUGAAGUUUUUUUAAACAGCACCACUCCAUAUUUCAAAGUACAACAAACAGAAAGCAGGUCCCCAAUGGCUAGCAGCUCCACAGAAACUACAACCUCACCGCCUUCCACGCAGGAGAGCUUCCAAAGCCUCAGCUUAUCGCUGCAGGUGGUCCUUUCUAUCAUAAUGAUUUCAAUAUUCUUGGUGUCUUUCCUAGGCAAUGUGGUUGUGUGUUUAAUGGUGUACCAGCGAGCUGCCAUGCGGUCAGCCAUCAACAUCCUCCUAGCCAGCCUGGCAUUUGCAGACAUGAUGUUAGCUAUCUUAAACAUGCCAUUUGCACUUGUCACAAUUAUUAUCAAGCGUUGGAUUUUUGGACCUGUUUUCUGUAUGCUAUCUGCAAUGCUCUUCUGGCUUUUUGUGAUUGAAGGAGCUGCUGUCUUGCUGAUCAUCAGCAUCGAUAGAUUUCUCAUUAUUGUUCAAAAACAGGAUCGAUUAAAUCCUCACAGAGCCAAAAUACUCAUAGGGAUUUCCUGGGCCAUUUCAUUCUGUUUUUCCUUCCCUUUAGCUGUUGGUAAAUCAAAGCUGCCAAUUCUAACUCAAGCUCCACAAUGUGUGUUUGGAUAUACUGAAGAUCCAGGAAUACAGGCGUAUGUAGUGCUCAUAGUACUCUCCUUUUUCUUCAUCCCAUUUAUGGUGAUGCUCUACACAUUUAUGGGUAUUCUAAAUACUGUGCGACACAAUGCCAUCAGAAUCCACAGCCACUCGGACAGCAUCUGUUUGAGCCAAGCAAGUAAAUUAGGCCUGAUGAGCCUUCAGAGACCAUUUCAAAUGAACAUAGAUAUGAGCUUCAAGACACGUGCCUUUACAACUAUUCUCAUUUUGUUUGUGGUCUUUACAGUUUGUAUGGCGCCCUUCUCUGUGUACAGCUUGAUUUCAACUUUUAAUAACAGUUUCUAUAAUAAGCCCACCUUCUUUGAGAUAAGCACUUGGAUUCUCUGGCUCUGCUACCUCAAGUGUGCACUAAACCCCUUGAUCUAUUACUGGAGGAUCAAGAAGUUUCGAGAUGCUUGCCUAGAUUUAAUGCCCAAGUACUUUAAGUUCCUGCCUCAGCUGCCAGGCCACACAAGGCGGCGUAUUAGACCCAGUGCCAUCUAUGUAUGUGGGGAACACCGUUCUGUUGUAUAGAACUUGAUUCUUGGAAGCCUUACAAAUCCACUGAUACGCUGUACCAACUAUUUUCCUGUUUUUUUUUUGUUUUUGUUUUUUUUGUGCAAUGUAAAUUCAUUUAGUGAAACAUGAUUGUCUUAAUAUUAAUAGACUAACAAAAUGUCUGGAAUGCUUCAUAAUUUCGUUUACAAUAGAUGUAAAUAGCUGGUACCUGUAAGGAAGAAAACACACUGAUCUUUGGAUGGGUGUUGACUGGGCAUUUUACUCUUAGUGCCUAUAAUAAUAGUUCAUAUAAGAGAUUGAAUGCUGCUAUAUUUGGUGAAAAUGUGCAAUUUCAGUGUACUGUACUUUUAUCUUCAAGCAAAUAAAUUGUAAGCGUUUGUUA